GCCUAAACGGCGUUCCACUGUAGUUUCUCACGCGACUUUCACAAACACAAUAGUUCCACGAUUGUGAAGAGAUGGUGCUUUGCGUUGUGUACCCGCGAUCUGUGCAUGAAUAAACGUCAACUAUCGGAAAAUAACAAUAAACCAGCAACACAACGUGCACCGGCUGCAAUAUACCUGUUAUUUAAUAACUUUACAGCUUAAACUGAGCGAGAUGUUUUCAAUUGUAAUUCGCGGACUGCGAUCUACGUUUCCACGGCAAUCUUUGGUUAUUAAUACUUCGUCCCAUUUUCAUCGUUCGAUUGUUUAUAAGGCCGAAGAUGUGGAAAGAGUUCAAAAGGCUAAAAUAAGUAAAGCAAUGAAGGCUUAUUUAGAACGAGCCAAAGAAUAUGAAAGUUGUAUGGAAACUGCACGACUAGAGUACAAGCUUGGUAAAAGACAUCUGGCAAACAUGAUGGGAGCAGACGUGGAAACCUUAACCCAACAAGACAUCGACCAGGCGGUGCAAUAUUUGUUUCCGUCUGGCCUGUAUGAUCCGGCAGCACGGCCGACAAUGAAACCUCCGGAAGAAUUUAUUCCUAGAAAAAAGGGCGCUGAAUUCGAUGAAGCUGGUCGACCAUUCCAUCCUUUAUUUUACACGGGGCGUCCGAACUUCUUUCAAUUGCUGUUUGAAGUGGUUGAAAAUAUUAACAAAAUGAACGCACUAGAGGAUUCAACACGAUUGAAAGGCAAAUCUUUGGAUUCAGUGGGAAAGAAAAUAGACACCACCGGAUCUGAAUGGUUGCCAAAAGAAUUGCUGGAAAAGAAAAUUGUGGAAACAAUUUCCGACAUUGAAUACGACAAUUUCAUCAGUGCAAUGAAUCGCCUCGAAGCUCAUCCACUGUCUGAUCGUGUGAAAGAUUUUGUGUUUGAAUAUAGAAAACCACUAAUUUCGAAACUCGACAACGAUACCAUCCCUGUACCGCAACAAGACGAAGAUGGGCGGCAGUGUGUAACAAUAUAUGAAUGCUUGCGUAAAACAGCACGCGGGGAUGUGACGCUUAAAUUUCCAGGAACUGGGAAAAUUGAAGUAAACGGACAAGACCUUCGCAGUGUAGGAAAUACACAACAACGCGAACAGGUUAUGGGCCCAGUAUCGUCCUAGUGUGAGUUCAAAGUAGCGAAGAUUAUUUUCGAAGUCCUUGAAAAAGUUGUGAAUUUCUUGAAAACUGUUUUUUGAAUUCCUAGAAAAAUUUUCCCGAAAAAGACGUACGAUCUGUGGAAGUUUCGUGUUAA